CAAUGACAAAAUAACGGUAAAUGUAAACAAAACAAGCGUCAUGAAUUACUAACUAUUUAGUUAUUUUUUGUUGUUAAAAUGGCUGACAUCAUAUCAGCGACUCGUCGGACACUUCAAAGCAGAUCAUCUAAUUAUGAAGAUCUGGAAAAUGCAAAUGAGUACUCUCCUCAAGUACUUCAGAGACAGGCCCAUGACAAUGAUGAAUUUUUGCCUCCAUUACAGGAGUUGGAAAUGAAUUCCGUCUCUGUUGUUCCUGAUGAAACCUUUACUGUGACACAAGCUGUGAAUGCUUUUGGCUUUGGAAAGUUUCAAGCCAAGCUUUCCCUGUUUACCGGCCUGUGUUGGAUGGCAGACUCCAUGGAGAUGACUAUCCUCAGUAUUCUUUCUCCAGCACUCCACUGUGACUGGCACAUCACUCGCUAUCAACAGGCUCUAGCUACUACAGUUGUGUUUCUUGGAAUGAUGGUGAGCUCUACAUUUUGGGGUCAUAUAAGUGAUCGAUACGGACGUAAGCAGGCCCUUACUAUGUGUGCUGUCUUACUAUUCUACUAUGGACUAUUGAGCUCCCUGGCCCCCAACUACACUUGGAUUCUGAUUCUUAGAGGUCUUGUUGGUUUUGCGAUCGGAUGUGUCCCUCAGUCAGUGACCCUGUAUGCAGAAUUUCUACCGUCCAAGCAAAGAGCCAAAUGUGUAGUUCUUCUUGAUUGUUUCUGGGCAUUGGGAGCCUGUUUUGAAGUGCUUCUUGCAUUGUUCAUCAUGCCGACCCUAGGAUGGCAGUGGCUCUUGGCUCUUUCCACAGGACCUCUGCUUGCAUUUGCUCUUAUUUGUCCUUGGCUCCCCGAGAGUGCCAGGUACCACGUAGCGUCGGGUCAGCCAGAGAAGGCAUUGGCAACACUGCGCACAGUAGCUUCUGAGAACGGGAAGCCGAUGUUGUUUGGUCGUCUGGUGGUCGAUGACUCCAUGAUUGGGGAGAGAGGCAGAGUUAGAGAUCUGCUUAUUCCACAGUUACGCAGGACCUCUAUCUUGCUGUGGUUCAUUUGGACUGCUUGUGCCUUCUGCUACUAUGGAGUGGUGUUGAUGACAACAGAGUUAUUUGAGGCUUCCGAACGUCGGUGUUCUGGCAGCGUCGAGAUGAAAUCUGUCGAAACUUGCACGGCCGACUGCAGACAGCUUAACACUCAAGACUACAUGGAUUUGCUCUGGACAACCCUAGCUGAAUUCCCAGGCAUAUUUUUAACUAUAUUUGUAAUCGAGAGGUUUGGUCGCAAAUACACUAUGGCCGUCCAGUUUGUUUUCUUCACCUUGUGCAUUUCACUUUUAUUCAUCUGCGUUGAAAGUCGAGCAAUCUUAACCGUGACGUUAUUCUUAGCUCGUGGGGUCAUUGCUGGAGUGUUUCAAGCAGCUUACGUCUAUACACCUGAGGUGUACCCAACGCCCUUGAGGUCAGUAGGGGUAGGGACGUGCAGUGCAAUGGCGAGACUAGGGGCUAUGGUCACGCCGUAUAUUGCUCAGGUUAUGCUUCAGUCCUCGCUAGUGGUGGCAAUGGGAGUUUACGGUGUGGCAGCACUGCUUGCUGCAAUCGCAUGCGUUCUUCUACCCAUCGAGACAAAGGGUCGAGAACUCAAAGAAACUGUUAUAUUUACUAAAUAGUUAUAUUGUACCAUUCACUAGAGUACAAAAUGUUUAGUUUUUUCGUUUGAGCUUUCAGAUUAUACUAACUGCUUUACAAAAGCUUCUGAAUUCUGUAAAAUGUGUUAACUUGAGUUGUGUUUUAAUUUUUUUCUAUUUAUUUUUAAUUUAUGUACGGUUGCAUUUAAAAAUUUUAUUCUUGUUAGUGAUGUAUUACCUCAAAGUAUUUAGUUGUUUAUUUAAUAAGGUUUAAACUUGACAAAUCAUGUAUAGGGUAAUUCAGUAAGAGGUUACAAUUUUAAUUUAGUGGCACUGUUUUCGGGUCGCCGGAAGACUGCCCCCCGGAAAACUACCCCCCCCCCAAGCAGGUUCCUACGUCAUAUUGACGUCACAGACCGAGGGGGGCAGUUUUCCAGUCACGGACACGCAAAUUUAGUUGACAAACACUUCUAAUCUAACCUAACCUAACCAACCAAACUUGCUGCAACAUUUCAAAAUUCUGUUUUAUUUUCACCACAUGACUUUUCUAUUAUCCAAUAGAAUUACUCGAAUUAAAAUUACAAUUACAUAGCAUGAUUUGUCUAGGGGGGGUAGUAUUACAGUCGCGGACACGGCUUCCAUAUUGGUUAGUUGGCAGAUUUUGUAACGUCACGUUUCACCUGGGGGGGUAGUUUUCCGGGGUAUAGUAUUCCGCAUCCUCCUGUUUUCCUAUGCAAGAGACAACAGUGGAUAUUUUGUCAAUGGGUGUAGAUUUUAAUGAUUUUGUCAUUAUGAAACGUUAAUUGAUCAGAUUUAUAGCUGCUGAAACCUUUUUUAAAAGGUGGGAAAAUUUUGUUGGAUUGGCUUUUUCUAUUUUAAAAUUUAUAUGGCAAUGCUCUUACAUUCAAUGAAGAACAUUAUCGUUAGAUGAUGAUAAAUCAUUUACCGCAGCAUUAACAAUGAUCCCAACUCACUAACGGAGAUAAACAAUGAGAUUAAGAGAUUUAUGUUAUUCAAAUUUUACUAUCGAAAGUCAGUAGAGCUGCAUGUGACAGUAGGCCUAAUUUAACAGAUAUCACUUUACACACAUGUUUAGUGUCAGUCUCUAGCAUAUGUGUUUACACAGAAGUAUACCACAUAAGCAAACUAUAAUGUGUAUUAUUUAAUUAAGUGUAAGCUUUUACUGGAUCACUCUAUACUGUAUAAAUAUUUUAAGAUAGAACAUUUAUAUAAGACUUGUUGGUGUCUAUCUUUAAUCUAUUGACUGUUGAAAAAAGACUAUCACUAUUUGAGUACUUCUAUGAUAUCUUAGAGACAGAGAGGUAUAGGGAUAAUAAUAUUAUGUAUAUUCAAAGUACUUAAGCCACACCUUCAAAUUAAAACUAAACAACAUACUGAUCUACAUGUUCAAUUUUGAGGUUAUGUGUUACCUGCUCACCCAUACAUAAUCUACUUUAGUCAGCAGUGGCGGUCCCAGGAUUUAAUUGGGGGGGGAUUGACCACCUGGGGUAUGGAAUAUCCUAUACAAAAUGUGGAAUUUAAAGCCUAAAAACAUAUUUUUAUUCGUAUUCAAGCUCUAAAAUAUGCUCAAGCUAAUAAAAGUAAAGUGCUAGUAAAAGUAUGCAAGUAUUUAUGUUAGCUAAUAAAAUAUAAAAUAUUUCAGGGGGGGGUGUAUCCCUCCCAUCCCCCUCCCUGGGACUACCACUGUUAGUAAAAUUUGACAGUAAAUUUGUAAUCCAUUGAUAUUUUUAAUCUCUUACUAUAAUUGUUCCCUAUGGUAAUGAAAGAACUACAAAGUUUCAAAUGAGAGGUGUGUUUUUUACGUUAAUUUUGUUUUAAUUUUACACAUAUUUGUGAUUUUAAGAUUCCCAUAAGUUAGAAGGUUAUACACACACACCCAACAUAAGGUGUCAAAGUGUCUUUCAUUGUUGAUUCUCUGAUAUACAGGGUGGUAAACUCAAGGAGGCCACCAUUGGGAUAUCGGAAACGGUAAGAAUUAGAGAAAACUUUAAAUGAGGGACAUUCCUUUAUUUUUUGUGGCAAUUAAAAAUAUGAAUUUGGUUUUUUGAAAUUCAGCUGCCAUUUUCCAACAUGGCGGCCAACUUUGAAAUUUCUUAUGGAACACCCUAUAUUUUAUCUUAUUAAACUUUUUUAUUCCUGACA